GAGAAAAUCUAAACAUACAGAGUGGCCAGUGUUCCAUCUUUACCAUUAUGCAAAAUAACCAUUGCCAUGCUUCCCAAAUAAGGACUCCACGCAGCUAGUUCCUGAAGACAGAGGUCCCUCGUAAGAACACCAGUUCUUAUGUCUGUGCUCACACCAAAUUCUAUAGGAACCUGAUUGCUAUCGAAUCAGUUAUGAAUAGUUAGGACACAUCCAUUACUCUGACAGUUGCAUCACUGACUGUUUUCAUAACCCAGCCCUAAGAUCAGCUCUUAAACCGAUAACUCAGAUUUGUCUGCCACACUGAUAACUGAGUACCUCGUGACCACACCCUGCUGAGUAGAUCUUCAUUUUCUAGGAUGGGCAGCAGCAGUGAACAUUUAAACCUCUGGUCCCCAACGUGCUGUUCUUUGUUUCUGUCUAAAGUUCCUUAGACAUUUUGUUCAUUUAACUGACGAGCUGCCCUGACUGUUUCUUCUCCCAUGGCACUGUUCAGGGCAUGCUUUGCUCCACAUGCAGGUCAGGACCUCUCUGCCAGACGUCUCUACUCGGAGUACAGCAGCUUCCCUGGCCUCCUGCACAGGCUCCCUCCCGACCCUCAGCCACCAGCCUGGACCAUCCCCAGAUGCUCGGGAAGGGGUGGGAUGUGGACAGCACGGCCCGGGGAGUCUCCACCCCCUCGAGUGGAGCUGUAAGUAGGACAGGAGCUGUUCAGAGAAAUCAGAGCAGAGACACAGAAAACACAAAACCAGACUGGUCUGGAAAGGAAAUAACCAGAAUACAGAAGAGAAAAAGCAAAAAGGAUUUUUGUGCCUCUGGAAGACCAGGACAGCUAGACCAGACAGCUGAGAAGUGAAGGGUUGAAAAUAACUUGAGAUUUGGAGCUGAUGUAGAAAACACUCAGAAUGGAAGGCAAACUCCCAUGUCUCCUCCUGCUGGUGGGAGCAGUUGUGACUACCCAGUGCCAGGGCUUACUCACACGUUUCAGACGGGGAGCCAGACCCAGAGCCAUUUGCAAAGACAGUUCCUCUGGAGAAGUGUUCCAGCAUGGAUGGACCUGGCUGAGGCUGGCAGGGAGCAGGAUAGAAUACUGUAGGUGUGACAGCGGGCAGAGGCGCUGCCACACGGUGCCUGUCAGAGCCUGCACUAGAAAUAAAUGCUACAAUGGGGGCCAAUGUUCACAGGCAUAUUAUUCCCCACAGCUCUUCAUCUGCCAGUGCCACCAGGGUUUCUCAGGGAAGCAGUGUGAAAUAGAUACUGAAGUUAAAUGCUACAGAGAUGCUGGAGUAACAUACAGGGGUACAUGGAGUGUGACAGAGAGUGGAUCUGAGUGUUUAAAUUGGAAUAGCAAAGACUUGAUGGACUGGACAUACCAUGGCCAAAGAGCAGAUGCAGCUGAGCUGGGAUUAGGCAAUCACAACUACUGCAGAAACCCAGAUGAGGACUCCAAACCUUGGUGCUAUAUCUAUAAAGGGGGAAGGUACACCUGGGAACACUGCAGCGUGCCCUCCUGUUCAAAAGUUUCAAGCACCAGCUGCAGAUCUGGGAGAGGCACAGAUUACCGAGGCAGCCACAGUGUUACCAGUUCUGGAGCUACCUGUCUGAAGUGGAAUUCUGGGAUCCUCUUCAACAGGCGAUUUACUGCUUGGAGAAGAGACGCUUCCCAGCUGGGCCUUGGGAGUCACAAUUUCUGCAGGAAUCCUGACAAUGACAGCAAGCCCUGGUGCCAUGUCCUGAAAGGAAGCCAGCUCACAUGGGAGUACUGCAAUGUGCCUACUUGCUCCAGCUGCGGCGUGCGGCAGCGCCGGGCCCGGCAGUUCCGCGUCCGAGGGGGCUCCUCCGCCGACAUCGCGGCUCACCCCUGGCAGGCUGCCAUCCUCGUCACCUACCGCCGGCUGCCCGGGGAGCACUUCCUCUGCGGGGGCACCCUCAUCAGCUCCUGCUGGGUGCUCUCCGCUGCUCACUGCUUUGAGGAACGCUUUAGUACAAAUCAGCUGAAGAUUGUGCUGGGUAGGACUUCCCGAGCCACUCCCGAGGAAAAGGAACAACAGUUUCGAGUGAAGAACUACAUUGUCCAUCCGAGAUUUGACUCAGAAAAUUUCAACAAUGAUAUUGCCCUGCUGCAGCUGAGCUCAGAUGCAGGAACCUGUGCUGUUGAGACAGACACUGUGAGAGCUGCCUGCCUCCCCACGCCAGGGCUGCAGCUGCCUGACUGGACCGAGUGUGAGAUCUCUGGCUAUGGCAAAGAUGAGGAAUUCUCUCCGUUCUACUCGGAGCAGCUGAAGGAGGGCCGUGUCAGGCUGUUCCCGGCCAGCCAGUGCACGGCCCAGCUCCUGGACAACCGCACGGUCACCGACAACAUGCUGUGUGCAGGCGACACCAGGAACCUCGAUGAUGCCUGCAAGGGUGACUCGGGAGGGCCCCUGGUGUGCCCGAAGGACGAGCGGAUGGUGGUGGUUGGGAUCAUCAGCUGGGGCAUUGGCUGUGGCCGCAGGGACGUGCCUGGUGUUUACACAAAGGUGAACCGUUACCUGGGCUGGAUCCAGGACACCACCAAACCCUGAGGAAGAAACAGGAACUCUUUGCAGUCUCGUGGCCAUGCCCUCACAACUUCCUUCUGGUGCCUUGAGGACUUCAAGGGCUUCCUGUUUGUCCACAGGCUCGUGACCUUCAGUACAACGGGAAGACAAACUGCAGUGUGUGAGAAGGGCACGUUCCCAAAUUACCCUCCUGUCCUUAUUACAGGUUAUCAGAAACUCAUCCUCCUUUCCCCCCAACAUCCCAAGCUUUCCACUCGCAUCAAAUCACAUGAGUACAAUUUAAAAUUAGUUUUGGGCCAAAAGAAUAAGCCAAGAGAGAACAUCAUGCAUCCCUGAAGCAGAUAUGUUGUUUUGGAAAUGGGUGUAAACUGAAGGCAAAGAGGACAGAUCUAAUUUCCUGAAAACUUCAUUUCCCUCCUUACUUGGCUGUAAAAUUGGAAGACAUUCCAGUCAGACUUAAGCUCUGUCCUUAUAACAUUUGACUUGGGUAAUUUAAGCUGGUUUCAGCUUGACUCCAAUAGAAAGAACAAAGCUGUAGGCAUGAGCUGCUUAUUUCCAGAUCAAUAUACUACUUGCUUUUU